AUGAUUUUUAGUUAAGAGGCAAGAUGUACGAUCUCUUAGGUCUGUAUGAUAAUAUCAUACAUGAUUUUAUUAAAGAAUGGGAAAAUAUUCAACUAAUAUACAGAUUUGUAAAAGAAAUUGAUUGAUUCAAGUUUUCCUGAAGAUGAUGAAUUUUUUAAGAAUGAUGAACCAGAUUUGCUGGAAUUAAACCUCUUUAUCCUUCCGAAUAGGAUUUAUGGGAAAAGGAUUAAUAGGAUAAAAAGUAGAAGGAAUACGAAUUAGUAGAAGUUAAUAAGUCUUAAUAACUUUAAGUUCAUAAUCUUAAUUAGAAUAAGUAAGAUGAUAAAAAGGCAAAGGAGGAAUUACAUAAAAAAUUAUAGACUAAGAAGCCAUUAGAUAAAUAAUUAGAAGAAUUAUAUAAAAAGAUUGAAUUAGAGAAAGCUAAGGAAGAGUCGAGGAUGAAGUAUUUGAAGAAAAUAGAAUUGAAAUAAUUGAAAUUAAAACAUUUGAUGAAGAAGAAUUGACCAUAAAAGAGAAAGAAGAGAAAGAAUAAAAUAAAACAAUAUUGAAGACUGCAGAAAUUCAAAAAGAUAAUGAUAUUGUAGUUGAAUAUUAUAAAUGA